AGACCGGUAGAUUGUAUACGGAAGUCAACAUUUAUUCACUUCUGAAUAGGCUGUUAAAUCAGCUAGAAAUGAACGGGAGACUGUAAAUCAAUAGCUAUACAAUGACGCUUACUGUUCCGAAACUAUGUGGAAACACCAAUCAGUUGCUACGUGCAAGUUAACCGGAAUCUAAAAGUGUCUGGAAGGUUGGCAGAAUGGGACAGCGGAGAACGGCGAGCUCUCGAUCGCACAAUCGUACUGCGCGCACGCAUCCUCACAAGGCUGACUCCGAAUCCGCACUCACUCCCACGGCCGGUGGCCGCACGGGGCCGGUGAAACACAGCAUCUGCAUGGUCUCGGACUUUUUCUACCCGAACAUGGGCGGCGUGGAGAGUCACAUCUACCAGCUCUCGCAGUGCUUGCUGGAGAAGGGACACAAGGUCGUGAUUGCAACGCACGCCUACGGCGACCGGCGAGGGAUCCGCUACCUGACCAACGGACUGAAAGUGUACUACUUACCUCUACAGGUGAUGUAUAACCAGUCCACAGCAACCACCGUUUUCCACAGUUUGCCUCUUCUCAGGUGUGUGUUUGUGCGGGAGCGCGUGACUGUCGUGCACGCUCACAGCUCGUUCUCCGCGCUGGCGCACGACGCGCUCUUCCACGCCAAGACGAUGGGCCUGAACACGGUGUUCACGGACCACUCGCUGUUCGGCUUCGCCGACGUCAGCUCGGUGCUGACCAACAAGCUGCUGACGGUGACGCUGUGCGACACCAGCCACGUGGUGUGCGUGUCCUACACCAGCAAGGAGAACACGGUCCUGCGCGCCGCCCUGCCGCCCGAGCGCGUCUCCGUCAUCCCCAACGCCGUCGACCCCGAGCAGUUCACCCCCGAGCCUGGCCGCCGCGACGACAGCCGCGUCACCGUGGUGGUGGUCAGCCGGCUGGUCUACAGGAAGGGGAUCGAUUUACUAGGCGGGAUCAUUCCAGUGCUCUGUGCAAAGCACCCUGAUCUGUGCUUUCUGAUUGGUGGAGAGGGACCCAAGAGAAUAGUCCUGGAGGAAGUGAGGGAGAAGUACCAACUUCAUGACCGGGUGCGUCUGCUGGGAGCUCUGGACCACAAGGACGUGAGAGAUGUUCUGGUGCAAGGCCACAUCUUCCUCAACACCUCCCUGACCGAGGCUUUCUGCAUGGCCAUUGUGGAGGGAGCCAGCUGUGGUCUACAGGUGGUGAGCACGCGGGUCGGUGGUAUUCCGGAGGUCCUUCCUGAUGAGUUGGUGACUCUGUGUGAGCCCACCGUCCGGUCGCUAUGUGAUGGACUGGAGAUGGCCAUCGCUAAGCAACGGGCAGGCAGUGUCCCCUCCCCUGAGACCAUCCACAAGCACGUGCGCACCCUCUACACCUGGAGAAACGUCGCCGACCGCACCGAGAAGGUGUAUAAUGGUGUGGCUGGACAGGAGGUGUUGUCUCUGGACCGACGCGUUCUGCGCCUGCGUUCUCACUGCGGGUCUGUGGCGGGGUCCGUCUUUGCACUCUUCGCCAUUCUGGACUUCCUCUUCCUGUUACUUCUGCGCUGGCUCGUCCCCGAUGAUGUCAUAGACGUCGCCGUGGAUGCGUCUGGCCCCAACAGCCGCUGGAGGCACGAUGUGCUCAAAACAAGAACUGAGAAGCCAAUCCCAGCGCCAGAUCCCCACCUCUGACCAAUCAAAGCGCCAGAUCCACACCUCUGACCAAUCACAGCUGAGAUCUUCAUGAAGCGUGUUUGCUGAUCCCCUGUUCCUCUCUGUGGUCAUUUCUCCUGAUCUGGGGUCAGCUGGCCAGGCGAAGCUGAUUGGUCAGAUAAGCCUGUGUUGACGAUGCAGCCUCGUGUCCACAGGGCAGAUAGCUCCUACAAGCACAUGUAACAAAGUGAGGCCAUUUCUGGGCAUUGUGACCGCUGCGAAACACAGUCCCAUUGCACCCCUUCAUUUCUUUUUUUUACUUUUCUCUGAAGUCAUUUUCCACUCGUUAACAAGCACUGGCUUCAACUUACUCUGUUAAUAUCUACUGUGUGUGUGUGUGUGUGUGUGUGUGUGUGUGUGUGUGUGUGUGUGUGUGUGUGUUUGUGUG